ACAAGGGGUAUAUCGCCGGGGCAUUGUGCUAUGCCAAACUGCUCGCCUCGCUAAAUCCGCUCCAUUCCCUCGCCCUCGCCGAUCGCCGGAUCUCUCCCUCCGCCUCGCUUCCGCCGCACGCCAGGGCGCACGGCUUCUUCCUCCGCUCCCUCGCCUCAGUUCCUAUGGGGUUCCUGCAAAGCACUUUUUCGCUGUUGAUCGGCACCGGCUGCGGCAUCUACAUUGCCCAGAACUACGACGUCCCAAACAUAAAGAAGCUCAUGAGGAGCCUGGUGGGCAAGGCCAAGGAGGUUGAGGAGUCAUACAAGAAGACGGGCAACAGCAAGAACAAGGAUAACGAAUAGCGUUGACCCGCAGUCUGCGGUCCACCAUCUAGGAAAGCUAAUUGUUGCAAGAUUAUUCUGAUUAUUGGAGGUAUACUACCUUGUACGUUGUACCUUGGUUAGUACCUUCUGUCUACUUAUUUUUUUCUCUUAAAGAAAAUAUGAGAUGGCAUACUGGAACUGCGGCCUACUCUUGCCCCGGAUUGAAUCUGUCUAGAUGUGGCAAUACAAUUUUUGAGGUGAAAGAGCCGGACGGGGGAUCCAUGCUUUUGGAAUAUAAAAGUAUUGUGAUUUAUUUUAUU